AUGCACCGGUCUCAGUGCAGUAAUAAAAGGUCUGAUGAACUACCUGGCACACGCGAGCAAGGAAAACGUCGCGUGGCAGGGAGCGGCACUGUGGCUGUGAAACCGCGGCGGCAAUAUCUUGUCCUAGGUGUGACACGAGGAGAGAAGAGCCGGGAAGGGAACGGAAGCAAUACGCGAAGACUGCACCACGUACAGACCCCCCCCGCAAGACUGCGCUUGGUCGAGGGACGGGUAGAAACUUCUGACGACGCCAGCGCUCCCCGCGGCCGGCGGCUCUGUACCCUCCUCGUUUACAAAGGCACUCUCGGGGAAGCCCGUCUGAGAAAUCGAAGAGGAAUUGUUGAAUUAGCCGGAGCCGUCAGAUGUACUACGGGACGAUCUCCUUUCGCCUACCUGCGUUAUGGAUGCUACUGUGGUCUGGGAGGAAGAGGAUGGCCCAAGGACAGAGUAGACUGGUGUUGCUUCAACCACGACUGCUGCUAUGGGAAGGCAGAGCAAGCAGGGUGUCACCCAAAGACAGAACGUUACUACUGGGAAUGUGAUGACAAUGCUGUUGUGUGCGAAUCACUAGAAGACGAAUGUCAAAAAAUGGCAUGUGAGUGUGACCGUGAAGCUGCCAAAUGUUUUGCGAGAGCUCCCUAUCACACAAAAUACCUUUUGUGGCCAGACUUCAGGUGUGGUGACAUUCAGCCGUUGUGCAGGUAUUAG